UUACCAUAGAAUACAGCCCACUUCCGACGUUUACUUCAAUUUUACGAUCAACUUAAACAUUGGUUUACUUCGCCAUUGAACCCAUAGGAUAGUCCAAGAUGUCUGCAAGGAAAGUUGUGGCCUUGCUUGUGACAUUUGUACUGUAUCUCCUCCUUGGAGGAGGUGUUUUCCACUUGUUGGAAGAAGCUGAGGAGACACGGCUGCGAGAAGAGGUUUUUACUCUGCAGGAAACGUUGUCAAGUAACGCGAGUGAGGAGGCGUUAGCGGGCCUCUGUAUCACCGACAACACCAGCGACGAUUCACACGGAAGUGCCUGUUGUGUCCCGCAAGAAAACAUUCGACAGAUUCUAGAAAUCAUCGAGGUCACUGUGAUCUGGAAGCUGGCUAACCUGAGUGAAAACAACGGCACCUGUGUCCAUUUAGAACACAUCCCCAUGGUCGUUCUCUCUCUGGACGAGAUAAACACUAUUGUGGACGUCGUUUCUCUAGCGAUAGAUCGAGGCCUGGAUCCGAGGAGCACGCCGGAGAAUAACUCUCCGCCGCGAUGGAGCUUUUGGGGAGCGGUCCAGUUCAGUGUGACGCUCCUGACCACCAUUGGAUACGGCAGCAUGGCGCCGUCAACUGCGGGAGGACGGGCGUUCUGCGUCCUGUACGGACUUUUCGGCAUUCCCCUGACAGCGGUUCUUCUAGGGAAGGUAGCUCACGGGUUAGGCGGCGUGGCCAUACGCCUCACUAACAAAAUCAACCGGUUUAAACCCUCCUGGAAUAACGAGACCGUAAGUACGAUUGUUACGGCAACCUUUGUAGUCGUUGGUUUGGCCAUUUUCGUCCUCCUCCCCGCUCUAACGGUGUCGAUCAUAGAGGAAUGGGUCUACCUGGACGCUCUGUACUUCAUGUUCGUGUCUCUCAGCACCAUCGGGUUUGGAGACUAUCUUCUAGGUGAGAGAAGAGACAUCAACUACUCGAUCGUCUACACGCUGUUGCUAACGCUGUGGAUUCUUUUCGGACUCGCAUUUCUGGCCCUGAUCUUCGACGUGAUCACCAGAGGUAUCGAAAAGGUGGGUGAGGAUAAAGUUGAGGACCAGCAGAUGGUUGAGGAGAGCACAGGCGACAACGACAAGCCCGAGGGAGACUGUGAGGUCCAAACGGUUACAGGCAGCGUGGAAAGCGUCAGCAGCCACACUACGACUACCUCUCUGUAA